AAUGUAUAAUGAAAUUCAACCAAGUAUUAAGAAGUUAUAAUGUUGAAUAGAACUGCACAGAGGGACGCAAGUAAGCGAGGCUAACAGUGGCUAAUAAGGAUAUCUUCAGCCACACUACUAAUCCCUGUCAAUCAUCCCUGCAAAUUUUUAUAUUUCUACAUUGGACAAAAAAAAGUUGAGAAAACGAAAGAUACUUGAAUAUACAACAAAAUCACCCACAAUGCCCCCCUCACGGUCAAAGAAGUCUGCCAAUGGCGGUCAAAAGCCAAAAAAGGAUGCGCGAACAAUUCUCCAAGAAAGUGAAGAGAGUGGCAGUGACAAUGAGAGUGUCAACAUGAUGGAUAAGGAUUCCGAUGAGGAGGAGUUAGACAGACUUGUUUUAGGAGAUGGGGCAGGAUUUACAGCGCAAUUGGGCCAAGACAUGGAAUUUGAUUCAGCUGAAAACUCAGAAGGAGAAAAGGGUGAAGAUGAGGAAAAGGAGGAUGCUGGGAUUGAGGGCGUUGACGAUGCAGAUGUAUAAACUCGCCCCGCAAUUUUAGAUGAAUUUCAUUAACUCUUUUUAGCUAUUUUUCCUCGACUCUGGACCAUCUGUUGUGCCACAAGAUGCAUUAAUACCGCGAUCAAAAUCCGGAGACGAAGAGGGAGGAGAUGCGCUGGCUUGGGAGGAUAGUGACGAUGACCGACUGACUGUAUCUCUUGCUGGAAAUCCUCGAUUAAGGAAACUUAGAGUCAACGAAGGGGAGGAUUUGGUUAGUGGGAGAGAAUACACAAGGCGACUACGAAUGCAAUUUGAGCGUCUGAAUCCUGUUCCAGAAUGGGCUCAAUCCUCUAGGCCAACGAAACGACGUCGCAGGUCAUCCGCAGGCUCUGAUUCUUCGUUAUCAUCGAAUGAUAUGGACGUUGAUGAUUCUGACCUUUCAACAUUACCUCUCGCAAGACUUUUACAAGAUGCUGGUGCUCUCACAAAAGAAACUCCGGCGACCUCAAAACGACCAAAACUUAGACCUGAAGUCCUGGAUAUCCAAAGAACUAGAGAUAUACCAAAAACCCAACCAUCAGCCGUCACUUCACUUUCCUUCCAUCCCCAAUACCCAGUUAUACUUUCUUCAGGCCCAGCAUCUACUUUAUAUCUACAUCAUUAUGCGCCUACAGCUCACCCUCAUCCUCAUCCACAACUUACCAGCGUUCAUGUAAGAAAAACACCAAUUGCUACAUCAGCAUUCCUUCAUCCUUCCGGAGACAAAAUCAUCUUCGCCGGUCGACGUCGUUACUUUCACAUUUGGGAUCUUCCCUCGGGAGAAAUUAAUAAGGUUACGCGAAUUUAUGGUCACAAGGAUGAGCAAAAAACAAUGGAAAGAUUUAAGCUCAGCCCUUGUGGCCGAUACAUAGGCCUGAUUGGUUCAUCAAAAAAAGGAGGCGGUGUUAUAAAUAUUCUUGAUGCAACCACAACACAAUGGACAGCAUCAGCACGAAUUGAAGGCAAGGAUGGAGUUGCUGAUUUCGCAUGGUGGAAAAAUGGAGAGGGAUUGACAGUUGUAGGAAAAGGGGGCGAAGUGGGCGAAUGGAAUAUGGAAUCGGGAUCUUUCGUUGCUCGCUGGAAUGAUGAUGGUUCCAUUGGUGCUACCGUUCUUACACUUGGUGGAUCUAAUGGACCUAAACAACUCGGUGGGGAUCGCUGGGUAGUAAUCGGAUCUCAAAGUGGUGUGGUCAAUAUUUAUGACCGUAAGAAUUUUGCCACUGGAAACGAUAUAAAAAUACCAGAGAGACCUGAGCCAAAUAGGCGACUUUUGCAAUUGACCACACCCACAAGUCAUUUGCAAAUCAGUCCUGAUGGACAAUUGUUGGUAUUUAGCAGUAGGUGGAAGAAAGAUGCCUUGAGAUUGGUACAUCUACCUAGUUGUACAGUGUAUAAGAAUUGGCCAACAUCAAACACGCCAUUAGGAAGAAUUUCGUCUGUGGCAUUUGGUAGUGGAAGUGAUGUUUUAGCCGUUGGUAAUGAAGCUGGAAAGAUCAGGUUGUGGGAAAUUAGGAGUUAGUGGUAUAGAUGUAAUAAAUGAUUGUGCUGUCACGUUGGAUUUAUAACUGUCGGAUUCAGUGCCAUCUUUUUCUUUGCAAAGUGAAGAGAUUUAAAAGCUACGAAAAUUGAACUUGAUCCA